GAACCCACUUCAAGUGUUUUAUUCUGCUACUUGACUGGUUACAGUCGACAGAUAAGUUAAAGUAUUUUUUCAAGUGAUUGUGAGCAUUGAAACUUUUUUCGAAUCGAAAAAGAGUAGUUCGGUCUCGGAAAGCAGCAAGAUACUGGAAACUAGACAAAGCCUUCUCUUGCAAAUCAUACUACUUCCAGGAUGCAGUCUCGUCCAUGUACACAGGACGCUCUAGCAAACCCCAUGAGUUCAACAUCGAAUACAAUGAAUAGUGGGGAAAGGAAACGUCAGUAUAUGAAGCUGAUCGAGCGUGGAAAUGAACUGCAAAAAGAAAUGGCAGCGCAUAGUACGGACAGUACAUGCGCCAUCAAGGAAGUUUCUUAUCUCGUAAAUGAAUCGAAUAAACUGAUAAACUUCACGACAACUAAUAACCAUGCUGAGAGCACAUCAGAAGCACUUAUGGAUUCGCAAGUGAUGAAAAUUUCACAUGAAAUCGUUACAGACGUCGUGAACAUAGUUUGCAAUUUGGAGUUCUCGACAGAGGAAUACUGCGCCGCAAUUAAAGGUAAAUUUGCCGGCAAUGCGUCGAUCGAUUGGAACAUCAUGGCAAGUGUCAUUGCAGGGAAGUUUACAGCACACAAGAAUAAUAUCUGCCUUCUGGGCUCUUUUAAAAACCAACCGCCAAAAAUUGUACAAAAGCCGGCGAGAACAAGGCGACCUAAAUCGACUCCGUCACAGCUUAUAAAGCCUGAAGAUGUGAAAAAACUAGAAUCAGAGACCCGAACAGGGAAAAACCUAAACAUAUUCCUGACCAAAUUCGUUAAGGUGUUUAUAGCAAACAAAAAACAACCAAUCCCGUAUUAUAAAGUCAUUAUUGACCCUGCGGACUUCAUGCAAACACUAGAGAACGCCUUCCAGGUGGCUUUUCUAGUCAGCAAUGGUUCUGCUGUGAUUGAAGAAGAUGAAGACGGAAUGCCAGUGGUCAGACCGGUGUUUGACAAAUCUGAAAAUAACUCUAAAAAGGUGCCAGUGCAAGCUGUGUCCAAUAUUACAAUGAAGAUCUGUCUGGACAUGGCAGAACGUUACAACAUAAGGGAACCUCUAAUCAAAUAGCUAAAUAGCAACGCCAUCCUUCUGGAUUGAAGGUUAAUAUGACGAUCAAAAUAUUUAGGAAUAUUUUUUUUUUAUUUGUUACAUCUACUGUUAACAAAAUCCUUUCGAUGUCCCAAACUUACGUUUUUGUUCUGGUGAAGAUUUUUGAUAUCGGUUUCGCCGUAAUUUCGGCACGGUUUAUAGCAAUGACUGUACGCUUGUCACCAAAACUGCUAUGAUAAUAAUCGUUGGCGCAAUAACCCAAUUAAAUCAGGGCUUUGAAGUGUGUUAGAGCACUUCUUUCAAGGCUGUAACGAUACACUAUUGGAUUUACAUUACCCUGUAGGAGGCAGGCAAUGUGGUCAGCAUUGCGCUCGCCCGAGAUUAUUACCCUGAUUUGACUUAGGUACUUAUUCACAGCUGAGUCGACUGGUAUCCAACGUCAAAUCACGAUGCAACUUCCACUGCCACCAGUGAGAUUUGAACUGCAACCUUCCGUACGACGGCCUUGUGCUCUAACCACGCGGCUAUCCGGACACACCAAAACUGCUAUGAUAAUGAUAAAGUAGGCUUACUCCAUAUUCAAAAACAAAUUUUGUCGCCUUUUCCUGACGUAAGUUACGCGGUAAUCUCUAAUUCGGUAUUGUGUAAAAAUGCAAGUGCAUUGACUAAAAAAUCGCUGCAAUAAGGGACACUUCGAGAUGUAUAUGCAAACCAAAAUGAGUCUAAUGUUAAUCGGAUUGAGGAAACUAGAGACAAGACAAAAAGGAGACAGCGGAAAAGGGAUUCAAAUUAGUAAAUCCACCCGAGCGACUGUAAACGCAAUAACACAUUCUCUGGGGAAACAAGGGAACGAGCAAAUAAGUUCCCUAGAGAAAGAUUGAAAUGAAUAAAUUUAGAAGUGAAACAAGUUGUGGAUUUUUUAUGUAAAAAAUACAACCUUGGCCGAAAGUAUUAGGCAAUAUAUAAUUUCAGUUUUUCUCUCAUUUUGCGAAUAAAUUGAAACUCUUCUAGCCUCCUUUUAAACGAUCGCGAACUGGGUCGGCCAGUCCAACCACGCAAUGCUUUGAACCAACGCAUUGCCGUAGCUAAUUUGUGAUAUGGGGCGUUGCGUUGUUAGAAUUUAAUCUCACCCAAGUUAGUGUCGCCAAAAGUGCACGUUAAAGUUCUGUUCAUACGAUCCAGCAGCUAGUAUGUCCAGCACUGAACGUGUCAGGUACAACCGAAUUUUUCCAUAUAUUUCCUAUGAGAGUAUUCAUACGAUCCAGCAGUAGGCGUUCCAGAUCCAUACAGACAUAGUGUUCGCAUACAAACUUACAAAGAGAACAGAAAACGAAGUAAUUGUAAAAUCGCUAAUUUCGCAUAAUUUCUUGUACUUAUAUUUAAAUUCGAAGUUGGCGCGUGUUAAUAUUUUGUUAGGAUAAGCAAGUUUAGGUUAAGGAAAAUUGUAUAUAAAGAAGAUAUUAGACUGAAGUAAAUGAAUUGUUAAUCAGUGACAAAAGCCUUUACUUUCUUUCCUUUGGUGAGACUGGCAGAGGAACUGAACAGCUCAGCCUGCAUAUACUAGCGCUAUACUAGUUAUAUAGCGGACAGAAAACUCUCAGUACUGAACUGGUAAUAGGCAUUCCAGCAGCGAUACUGCUAUUCCAAUACUGAACUAGAGUCCAUGUGUAGACUGCCAUGCGAACUUCUAUUUCAUUUGUAAUUUCGCGAAAAAAAUUUGUUCCUUUUUCAGUUAUGAAUUUACCAUCAACUUGAUUAUGACUACAAUGUCAUGCAGAAAGAAAGGUAGUUGCAUUUGUCGAUAAAAAUCAUACAAACUUUACAUGCAUUCAUUUUUCAUUAGUUUACAUUGAUGAAAUCAUUGA